GUAGUAAUUUUCCUUGUUGCUGGAAAAUCAGAUUUGAUUACAGAAAACUGCUAGCAUGGAUACUGGCUGAAUUAAUUUUCACUCUGCACCAAGAGAUAUUCAAUUGCAUAUUUUGACAAACAGUCAUACUGUGUUAUUAUAGGCAGAAGUGAUGCAAUGCUAAAAAUUGGUAAUGUUUAUUUUGGUAGAUAAUGCCAAUGUAACACUGGCGUUUCUAACAAUGUGAGGAAAGUUGCAGAUAACAAGCAGAUGUAUAGGAUUCAUAUUCUAUGAAAAAUGGUCAGUGGAGCCUAUAGCUGGACAUGAUGGGGAGAUGUUGAGUGAGAGAAACAGGAUGACCAAACAUUGGAAUCUAAGAUAAAACUCAUUGGACAUGGCAUGAGAAGGCUGCUGGAUCAUAAUGGAUGGAUUAGGCGGACCAUACCAGAAUCUAGACAGGAGAAAAAUCCAUCCCCUGUUGGAUCAGGAGGAGUACGAGCUGAAUGACACCGACAAUGCGGUCAAGGUUCACACCGACAAACCACACCUGGUCAGCCUGGGGAGUGGCAGGCUCUCCACCGCGGUCACCAUUCUACCACUCCAAGAGGGAAGGACAGAGAUUGGAACCUCUGCUGCUCCCAGUGUACCUGACAUCAUCAUACAGGGGACGGGGGUGGAGGCAGAGCACUGCUUCAUUGACAACAUUCACGAUGUGAUCACACUCUAUCCCCUCGCCAAGAUGUGUGCCGUGGAUGGAGUCCUUGUCUCAGAACCCACAAGACUUCCUCAAGGUUGUAUGCUUUGUUUGGGCCGCUCAAACUACUUCAGAUUUAACCAUCCAAAGGAGGCAAAAAAAAUCAAAGAGGCCAUGCCCAACUGUAGGAUCUCGUGUGCACCACUGGCUUUCCUUCAAGAACUGGAGGAAAACCCUGAGUAUCUCAAAAUGAUAUCAGAUGCUGGAAAUACUGUGCAAAAACGGUCGUCUUCUGGAUCUGACAAAAGUCGCAAAGGAUCGUCUUCAAGAUCUCCACAUAGCUCUUAUAGUAAUCAACAGGACGAUGAAGAGUUUCUAAACAAAGUUUGUAAGUUUGAGAUGAUCUCGCGUGGCAAAUCCUCACCUACAGCAAGAUCUCCAGUGAGCCAAAGUUUUUCACCCGAUGGAUCUUACCGUUCUUAUACACAAGCAAUGUCUGACCAAAACGAAAUGGGAAAAUCGGAACCUUUAUCACCUGUGGAAAUGAAAAGAGGCUAUGUCUCGUCUCCGCUGGAAGGAAAACAGUAUGUGCCAAAGCCAAAUUAUACUUAUGCAGGAGAGAAACUUUUUACAAAAGAAACAGCUACAACUCGUGUAUCUGCAGAUAUUCUCAAAAAAGCUGGAAAUGUGCAAGUGACUGAACGAGUGACCAGCACUGGAAGCUCUAGCUCCAGUUCUCUGACCAGUGUUAGUAGUGCUGGGGGUGCCACUCUGAGCUGGCACUCCGACUCCAACAAAUCCUCCCCCAGAACCAGCUUUGUGACUCUCUCUUCCCAGAAUUCCACAGAACAUAAGAAAACUCUCAUUACAGUUGUGUCGCCAAAAGUGUUCACCUCCAAAGUCAACUUAGAGACUGAUGCAGAGAAACUCGCUGAAAGUAUCAUGAAUGGUGACCUACUAGCAACAGCUUAUGACAGUGCUGGAAGUAGUAACUCGUCCAGUAAAAGAAAUACUUUUGAUGGAAUGGACUUUGAUUUCAAUGAACUGACUGCGAGCCAGCAGGAUUUGUCUAUGAAACAUCGUGAAAUUGUGGCUGAACGAAAAAAGGAACAAGAAAUGGAAAGACAAGAAAAACAAAGGUUAGAGGAGAUUCUGAGUAUGUGUGCAGAGUAUGAUCAGAAGGUCUCUGUAGACACUGUGAAAGUGAAACAACAGACCUCAGUCAAGGCAGAGCCUAAAAUCCCACCUGCAAUGCAACAGUUCCUGGACAAUAAUGUUCCCAAAAUGUCAGGAACACCAAGUCCUAAGAAAUCUUCACCUGUCCCUACCAAAUCUACCCCAAAGACUCCAAAAGCUGGUGAUUCCUUUGUUUUUGAUGGCACUCCAGUAGAAAAAGUGGAGCAGUAUGAUCAAAAGAAGAGACUAGUGUCUGAUUCCACUAAAAGUGAGAGUCCACUUAUUUCAUACCAGGAUGUCACUCCAUCCAAAACACCAUCAGGGAACAAGAUAGUUAGCCCAAUCAUAAAAACAGACAGAGAUGGACAGUAUUCCCGCUCAGGGAAAGGACAAAUCACUAGCACACCUAAAUCUGUGAACUUUAAAGAUGAGAGACCUCUUGAAAUAGAAGACAGCCCUAAAUCGUCUAGAGGAGGUCAAAGAUACUUCAGAGAGAGGAAAGAUUCUGACUAUGAUAGUGCUGACAUGAUUAUAGAACCACCUAAAAUGGUCAAUGGAGAUGUGCCUGCUCUUCAUGGAAAUGAUAGGCACCAAAAUGCACAACAUUCUACACAGCAUAGUGCAGAAGUGUCUGAGAAAUCUGAAAGUGUGAAUCAUAAUGGGAAAACAAGUGUCAAAGUGAAAGAGGACGAGUUUGAUAGAGAAAGUAUGGCUUCUCCUCUACACAGACCAAAUCAUUUACCAAGUUUUCAGGAUUUUAGUAAUGAAGUCAAUUCAUUGGAUAGGAAAGAAAAAUCAGAAUUCAAAAGUUCAAUGACAAAAAUCAAGACCAAUGGAUCAUUAACAAUGAUUUCAUCUCCCAGCAACACGCACAAGGAAUUUAGCUUCCAAAUGCGAAGAGCAAGUUCCAACUCAUCCAAUUCAGAAGAGGAAUCUGCGAGUAAUUCUGAGGACACAGGAACUAUCAAACGCCGUCCAGGGCAGUUGCAAGAGUUCCAAGUGCAACGUAAAGGCCCGGGGUCAUCAAGUGAGGUGAAAGACAAACUGAGUCCAGAUGACCCGCCCACAAACUUCCGUCCUGCGAUGGGUAGCAGGAGCCCCAAACUUACCCGUAAACUAAUGCAUGUGGAGGACUCAAAUGAGAAAGGAAAUGAAAACAUCACCACAUAUCAUAUUCAUCGAGAAGAAGUAAAUGUGAAAGUUGUGGAUAUUGAUAUUGACGUAGAGAAUAAAAGUCCCAUUGCUGUUCAAAAAUUGAGUGAAAAACAAGAUUCUGGUCCAGUCAGCUGGCUUGAAUCCCAAAGGAGAAAAGUGGAGAACGGACUUUUUAACUUUAAAGAUGCAAAAUUACCUCAGAAUGGACUUUCAGAAAAGCAUUCUAGCCCUGACUCCAGUAGUGCUACCAAUUCAACUGCAGUGGACCAGAAGACUGGAAUUUAUGAGAAUAUACCAGCAAGAUCUCCAAAAUCAUUCCCUGGUUUCAAAGUGGAAGUGAAACAAGGAACAAAAUUGCAGUCUUUCUGGGAUGGAGAUAAUAAGACAUUGGUGAAUGGACUGCCUGGUUCCCGUAAUUCCUCAGGUUCUGGUGGAGGAAGAAAGUCGGAUGAUGUGGAGAGUCUAGUGUCAAACAGCAGUGACACUGAGGUCAAAGGGUCAUCAAGGGGUCACCGAAGGUCGGGGGAUCCAUCCAGUAGAAGGAGUUCAGGACAUAGCAAAGAUUCCGAGUCCUUUCAGCAGCUGGAUAGACUGAAGAAGGACAAAGUGGAGCUCGUGUCCAAAAUCACCUUCCUGAAGCAGCAGAUAGAGGAAAUAGAGAAACUGGAAAAUGAAGCCAUCCGAGAGCUUGAAAUGGAAAAAGCUCUGUUGGAUGGAGAAAAAGAGACAGAGAUGGAAGAAUUACAGCGUGACCAGGAGCGGAUCAACAUUCUAAAGGAGCGGCAUAGGGAGGUGGUGGAAAGGGCAGCAAGGGAGAGGCAAAAGCAGCGAGUUAGAACAACCAGCAGAUUACGUAAAGAGCUGCAGCAGAUGGAGAAGCAGAGAGAGCUGAUCCAACAGUUAGAGCAGCAGCAGCAUGAGACGGAGCAGAGACUGGAGGCAUGCCCCAAGGACGACGAGGAAGACAUGUUAGAGCAGCAUCAGCAGCAGAUGGACAGCAUAGAACAUCAGCAUAAGAUAUUUGAUGACAUGGAAUUCAAACAACUGGAGUCUGAGGCCAAGUAUGAAGAGGAGAAAGAGCAGAUACAGAGAAAACUCAUGAAAGAACAGCAAGAACUGUUAGAAAAAUACAGGUCAAGGGAGAACCGUCUCGUGGAAAUAGAUGGCCAUAAAAAGGAAAUGUUUUCUGGAGUCCGGAAAGACAUGCAGUCCAUGGAACAGAAGAGGCAGAGAUUGGUGGAGGAAUUCAGGAAGGAAAAAGUAGAAUUGUCAAACUUGGUGAAGAAAAUCCAAGAGAUUUCCAAAAUGCUGGCUCUUCCUGUCAGUGAUGAUAAUAGGGACUCGUUUUUAGCCGACUUCCAGGAAGGAAAACUCUCAUCCAGAGACAGCUACACCACUGACCCCGCCCCCGCCAGUCAGGGGGAGAGGGAGGGGUCAGUCCCCCUCUCUGCCACGUCAAGUCCGACAAUGUCCUGGAUCUCUUCCUCCUCUGAGAAAGGUGAGCGCAAGAAAUCAGCCACCAUGUUGGAGAUCGAGCGAAACCACUCCCUGUUCCUCGAGCUUCAAGGAGGUCAUGUGAUAGAACAAGAGAAGAAGCGAAUCGAAGAGUUGAAACGGAGGGCAGCAGAUGAGGGAAGAGCUCAAUGGGAGGAGAGGAAACUCCGAGAGGCCAACUGUAAAAGCUUCAACUCGCUGGAGUCCGAAGACAGCAGUGUCGCCAGCAGUUGUGAAACACCCUCUGAGAAAGAAACAAGCCUCAGCAGUGGGGAGGACCAGCUGGAGAAGAUGUUGGAGCUGGAGAGACUCCUCGCACAGGCCCAGUCAGAGAAAAUGAGGAUGAUAGCAGACCAGGUGAAAACUCGGGAGCAUGAGAUGAUGGCCCUACAAGAGGAGAGACAUAAACGAGAACAACUGGAGAGGAAACUUCAAGAGGAGACCCAGCUUAGAGAGGAACUAGUCCAACAGCAGAUCAAAAUGCGUGAAAAACAGUCAAAACAGGCUCGUCCUUUAACAAGAUACCUGCCUGUUAGAGGAAAAGAAUUUGACCUUAAAAAUCACAUAGAGUCUGCAGGUCAUCACCUUGACGACUGUCCUCAUCUGGUGGUCACAUCCACGAACUGUAGAGGGUGGCUCCAAAAAAUGGGCAACAAAUUCAAAACAUGGCACAGACGUUGGUUUGUGUUUGAUAGAAACAAGCGAUCUCUGAUUUACUACACAGACAAGAAUGAAAGCAAACCCAGAGGAGGCAUUUAUUUCCAGGCGAUAGAGGAAGUGUAUGUUGACCAUUUACGGACAGUUAAAAGUCCCAAUCCAAAGUUAACUUUCUGUGUGAAAACUUGUGAUAGAACUUAUUACAUGGUGGCCCCCACCCCAGAGGCCAUGAGGAUCUGGAUUGAUGUGAUAUUCACUGGAGCAGAAGGGUACCAGCAGUUUUUAUGAUGACAAUUGCUUAAGAUUAGUACUGGUACUUGACUGUGGUAGAAGGAAUGGCUGAACAUGCACGUAAUUUCAAGGAAUGGGGAUUACAUUGUACCUUCCAUUCAAAGGGCAUUUGGGAUCAGUGUGACAAGAUUUCAUAGCAUGUAUUGAACGGUUUGUUACAGGAUAUGAUAUAAUGUGGGGUGGAACAGUAGACGUGUACAUUGUAGACUGAGAAGUUGAGAUGGAAGUCAGAAGUAGUGUGUGUUGUUGUUGUGAUUGGGGUUACCAAAAAAAAAAAAGGAAAAAGAAAAACUGCUGACAGAUGGACUGCUGAAGCAGUGGUUACCAUUAUUUUACACAAAAGACAUUUGUUGAAAUUAUGAUGACCUUUUACCACUGAGUGGUUAUCUGCUGAACAGUGCACAGUGGUAAGGUUUCUGAUGGUUACCACUAUAAUGAGUGUACCCAGAGGCAGAUGAAUAGUGCUGAAUAUAUAAUAACUUGUUUUAAUCUGAAUGACUACACUAUUUUUGUAUGGUAGGCAUAAUGGUAUUUAUACGAUAAUGAUGAUACAUUGGGCACUUGAAUGGUUGUCAAGGGCGACUGUUGUCAUUUACUUUCAGGACUCUUUCUGUAAAUGUUCAUUGUAUUCUUUUACUUGUGAUGAUUCUUUGAAAACACAAGGUUCUCUAGGUAGCUAUAUACCCAAAUAUUUUGUUUUAAUCAGGUACUUUGUUAGUGAGAAAACCACUUUUCUUAAAUGUAUACCAUAUAUACAUGUAGCUAUUUUCAUUUUUUUUUUUAAUGUUCAGUGUCAAAUGUCAGUCAUGCAGAUGUCUCCAAUUUAUAAUUACCACAUUGUAAAAACAUUAAGACUGUUCAAUCAGUUACAUAGUGCUCCAUGUAUGGAUGUUUGACCUCCUCACAGCUUUUCUGAUUAAGGUUGUCAUUUCAAAUUUCACAAUGAGAUUAUCAAAUUCAUUGCAUUGAGUACCAAACAUCAGCACCAUAUUUUUUUUCAAUUUUUAGGAUUUUGGAUUUUUAAAAAAUAUAUGUAAUUUUUUUUAAUGGUCUCUGUGUAACUUUGAGUACUUGGUUGGUGUAGACAUACUAUAUUAGUAGCUGCAUAUUGUUGUUCUUCCAUCCAUCUUGCCCAAAGUAUUUGUGUUACCAUAACAACAGUCCGACUUGUCUAUGUUGCAUGGAGUUUGUUACAUGUAUAUAACUGUUGUGAAAGCUUGACAAGGUCAAGGUCAUUUGUUACAAGUUGCUGAUAUUUAUAAAUUAAUAAUGAUACUGUAAUAAAACACUCAAAUCUU